AUGUUUGGACUCAUCAUUCCUGGUCGACCUUGCUUUGCAGACUUUCAAAUGGUUGGAGAACAUCGUUGGAUGGCUCAAGUGGUCGAUAAGAUCAAUGGUCAAUCCGUAUCGGAAAUGAGUCUUUUUAUUUUACCAAAUGCUUCCAUGGCUCCUCCACCUUACCAACCGUUCGGCUUUACAAUUUACAUUUCAAAAGAUGCUCAAAAUUGGGAAUAUGUAGAUUUUCUAUCGUUGGAAAAGCAAAGUACUCAUAUUCACAUGCCAUUGUCAUUUAGCUCUUCGGGUGGACUGUUUCAAGAUUUCAAUUUUCAGCAAACCGAUACUAAUGCCGUGUUUAUCGGAAUAUCGCUCGAGUCAAUGGAUACCAUCAAUAAUUUAUCGUUUAAUGCUCAAGAAAAACAACAACGAGAACAAAAUCAAGUCCAACAAUUAGUUCAAUUUAUUGCAAAAGAUUUAUUUAACUAUAUGGCUAGUUUUACAAAGCCAAUUCAAUUCCAAACUGGAGAGAUGAAAGACAUGUUAAUAAUACCAACGAAUUGUAUAGACACUUGGUUACAAAAGUUUUUAACGAAACUUCGAAAUAAUCCUCACUUUUAUAAAUUCCAAAAUGAAUAA